AUGAUUAAAAACAUUGGCAAGUUCAAGCAGUGGACAGGCGAAAAGAUUGGCAAGGCUCAAAAGACUCGGAUGGACGAGGACUUUAAUGGACUCCAAACCGAGACCGAGGCCCAGCGAGUCUCCCUCGACAAACUACAUGAAUCCUCCCAUGCAUACCUCAAGGCCAUGAGUAAACGAGUCGAAGGUGAUGACAAGUCCAAACGACUGGCGAUCGAGACAUUUGGUAUCAGCAUGUCCGACCAGAGUUAUACCCUUCCUGAAGGUUUAUCCUACAGAGAAGCCCUUCACCAAAUGGGCGAUGCUCACCAGAGUAUUGGUGCUGCACAAGGCGAAUUGAUUAUUCGAUUGGGCAGCUCAUAUAUUGAAUGUCUGGAGAGGGCUCAGGCUCAGAUGAAGGAGUACCAGGCCAUGCAAAAAAAGCUGCAUUCCAGGCGCCUCGACUAUGAUGCCAAACUGGCCAAGGUUCAAAAGGCCAAGAAGGAAAAGCCCGAGUGGGAGGAGGAGAUGCAGGCCGCCAAGGCAAAAUAUGAAGAGACGCGUGAAUGCGUUCUCGGAAUAAUGUCCGCGAUUAGUGAAUCUCAGGACGAUAAUGUUAUCAGCCUGAAGGCAUACUAUGAUGCCCAGCUUGCUUAUGCCCGCAGGAUGGUCGAGAUUCUCGAGGCUGUCCCCGAGAGCACGUUUGCAGUAUCGCCAAGUACAUCCCAGACCAGCCAUGAACGCAAGGUCUAUCGACAGAGCUCCUUUGACCCCGAGGAGGAACAAUCCGACCACUCAGACGACCAUUACAGCAUCCACACGGUUCCUACUCCUACUACUGCUACCCCUACCACAGGAAGACACCAACAACUCUAUCGCGCACCUUCAUUUUCAGACGUUCGCCAGCAGAAUACCUUCAACUCUAACCAGCACCCGGGCAGUAACGCUGACCUCAGUCGGCCCACGUCAUAUUUGGUACCCAAUGGAACCUCAGUCAGGAAGAACAGCACAGGGAUGAACAAGGCAAAUGUACACCCAGCAAGUUCAGCCUCUGCACCAGCAGCAGCAGCACCGCUACCAGUGCGUGAGAAAGCAUGCAAACAAGUCAGGGCACUGUACAACUUUGAUGCGACUGCCGAAGGCGAGUUGUCAUUGCGCAAGGGCGAUGUUGUCAGGAUCAUUGAGGAAAUUGACGAGGGCUGGUGGGAAGGCGAGCUGGUGGAUGCGAGUGGAGGACGGUGUGAGGGCAUGUUCCCGUCCAAUUAUGUUGAGGAGAUUGAGCAGCCUCAAUUGCCACAUCGCCAAGGAUCGAUACACUCCAGCUCGGAUUCGACCCGGUACAACGAUGUAGAAGAGAAGGUGUACUAUGCGCGUGCAACAGCAGCGGCAGAAUCAUCCCCGCUGUACGAGGAACCUGAACCAAGUUUCGCGGAAUCUGAGCCUGAGAUUGAACCUGUUCAAGUUCCAGCAGCAAGACGAGCACCACCGCCACCUAUGGUUCGCCAACAGUCGUUUACAGUGCCACUUGCUCGUGCGACGCCACCACCCAGUCGACCUGCUUCGGGGAUGGCGACGACUAGCAAGGCAGUUGGAUCCAGGAUGGCGCCUCCUCCACCACCGACUCGUCGUGUAGGAGGGUCUGUAGAUAUGACGACUCGACCUCCAUCGGGAAUGAACGUGGUGACGACACCUCCGACGGGUUCUGCAGCGACGAUGACGGGAUACAACAAUAGUAAUAAUAAUAACAACCGAGUGUCACCGAUACCAGCAACGCCCAAUGGUCACGGUCAUGGAUAUGGACAAGGACAGGGACAAGGACAAGGAGGAUAUCUGCCGAGAGAGUGUCUAGGACAGAGGCAGGCGAGUGUGUCGUCGAUGGGUGUGUGUAGGGAGUGUCAGUGCGAUGAGUUUACGGCGAAUGUGUUUAAGCCUGGGUCGUGCAACAACUGUUUCCACGCCCAUUAG